ACAACAACUGCAAGGUUUGCUUAAAGCACUUCAAAGACAGCAUGCUGAAGACAGAUAAAGGAGGAAAAUUAAGAUUGGAUGUUAAUGCAGUGCCUACUGUAUUCAGCGGAUCAUCAGCAUCCAUUAUUCCCUUAGCCAGCAAAAACAUGAGAACUAUGGCGACACCAUCAUUUACAUCCACAAAACAGAACCGUCCUGUGAAAUGUGUGAGGCGAUUGUUCGACGUGGCAGCUUUAGAUUUUUUGGACAUUCCAUUGGUCGAGAAUUCCCAAGAAUCCCUACUAAAUAUACCUGGUGUGAAACCUUUCCCCCAAUGCGAAGACCCUUCAAAUACCUGUGAUACUGCUACGAUGCUCUGAUGCUGUCAACACCCCAUCUUCGCCCAGCCCGAAACGAA